AUGUCGCUGAAGAGUUCUUUGACGCAGGCCUUCCCGCCGAAACCUCGCUUCACCGAGUCGCAGGUGCCAGAUCUUUCCGGGAAAGUCUACAUCGUGACGGGUUCCAACACAGGUGUCGGGAAGGAACUCGCACGCAUGCUCUAUUCCAAGAAUGGCAGAGUCUACAUGCUCGCUCGCUCAGCCGAUAAAACAAACAAAGCCAUAGCCGACAUCAAGAAGGCCGUGCCAGCCUCUAAGGGAGCCAUGACCUUCCUGCGCCUGGAUCUCGCCGACUUGAGCUCCAUCAAGGCCACCGUGGAGCGUUUCCUCGCCAUGGAAGGUCAGCUCCAUGUGUUUUUCAACAACGCCGGCAUUAUGUCGUCUGAAAAGAAGCUCACCACGACACCCCAGGGCUACGAGCAGCACGUUGGGAUCAACGUUUUGGGCGGCUUUUUGCUCGCGCGGCUGCUCACACCCAUUUUGGUUGGAACUGCCAAAACGGCACCGCCAAACAUAGUUCGAGUCGUCUGGCUCGCCUCUUCCGCGGCCGAGAUGUUCGGCGAGAAAAAUAUCGGCGCCACAGGGGACAUGAUGCAAACCGAGGUCCUCGCCAAGAAGUCCGGUAACGAGCGGUACUGGUUCAGCAAGGUAGGCAAUUGGUCCCACGGCGUCGAGUACGCUCUACGCCACAAGGCCGACGGCGUCAUCAGUGUCCCCGUGAACCCGGGGAAUUUGCAGUCAGCCCUGUACCGUGACCAGGGUAUCGGAAUGAGGAUUGUCACAAAACUGAUUAUGUAUCCGCCUGUCAACGGAGCGUACACGGAGCUUUAUGCUGGCCUUUCGCCAGAUAUCACUAUUCAGAAGACUGGGUGCUGGGUUGUUCCAUUUGGUCGUGCGAUCAAGUCGGAGGCCGAGGGUGGAACGGGAGGAACGCGGAAGUUCUGGGAGUGGACCGAGGACCAAGUUAGACCAUACCUCUAA